UGUGCAUGGACACAUAGGCUAAUGCGGGCUUCGGGGAGAUCAGACAUAGUGAAUGCACGGUCCGGGGAGAUCAGAUAUAGUGAAUGCAGGGUCCGGGCAGACCAGAUAUAGUGAAUGCAGGGUCCGGGGAGACCAGAUAUAGUGAAUGCACGGUCCGGGAAGAUCAGAUAUAGUGAAUGCAGGGUCCGGGGAGACCAGAUAUAGUGAAUGCAGGGUCCGGGGAGACCAGAUAUAGUGAAUGCAGGGGUCCGGGGAGAGCGGAUAUAGUGAAUGCAGGGUCCGGGGAGAGCGGAUAUAGUGAAUGCAGGGUCCGGGGA